UCAUCAGUGCCGGUGCUCUUGCAUACAUCCAUCUGAAAGUUGAUUCAGUUGGUACAUUAUACAUAAUACGACACAGGCCGACAUGACCAGCGUGAGUUUGGAAUUUCUCCAGGACCUCAUAAAGGAAGAGCAUCCUGAUGUUACUCUACAGGAUUUUGAGGGUGCUCCGGGAUCCAAGCGUGGAGACAACUAUACCUCAAUGGUAUACCGGAUAAGUCUGAAAGGUAGCCGCAAACAUACAGAAUCUGACGGCACUGAGAUCAUAGAACCUUGGCAAGGUUCCCUAAUAUACAAAUGCUUACCAGAAAGCAUAAUAUGCCGUCAAACCUUCAAGAGUGACGAGCUGUUCUGCAACGAGGUAGCUUUCUACAACAAAAUAUGGCCAGCAUUGUCCACUUUCCAGAGCAAAUGGGAGAAGGUUACGCAUCCAUUCAAGUCCAUACCAAAAUGUUACUUGGCGCAAAACGAUUUGGUAGUCCUGAAAGAUUUGAAGGAGAUGGGUUUCGUUAUGACGGACCGGAGACAAGGGUUGAGCAUGGAGCAAUGCUACUUCGUGUUGAAGCACAUAUCACAUUUCCAUGCUCUUUCUUUGGCUAUGAAGUAUUAUGAUCCUGAGGGUUUCUACGAUUUGCUUAACGUUCAUGAUGGCAUUUCAGAAGUAUUUUUUCUCACGGAGAACAUAGAAUAUUACAAGAGUUACUACACAGAAGCGAUUCGCAAUGCCAUCAGCAUGGUGGAAGAGGAGCUCCAAGAAUCUCCAGACAAGGACAAGUAUCUGGAACCCUUCAAACGGUUCUGCUGUGAGGACACCUUCUUUCAGACCAUGGUGGACAGAGUGACUCCUCGAGAGCCAUUGGCUGUCAUCUGCCAUGGCGACUGCUGGACGAAUAAUCUUCUAUUCAAAUAUGUCAAUGGUGAUAUUGCUGAGAUGUACAUAGUGGAUUUCCAACUGGCACGUUACGCGUCACCAGCCUCCGACCUGGCCUUCUUCAUCUACCUGUGCCUGGACAAGGAACAGCGUUUAGAACACCUGGAUGACUUGCUGAGCUAUUAUACUGAUGAGCUUUAUGCUCGCCUGAGCGAGAUGAGCGAUGGGAAUAUACUGGAUAAAGAGACGUUAUCUGACAUGUUGCAGGAAGAAUUCAAAAGGAGCAGCCUGUUUGGGUUGGGCAGUGCCUUAGAUAUGUACCCCAUCCUUACGUGCGACAGCAAUGAAGCACCCAAUCUUUAUCAGGAAAAGGAAAGCGAAGUGGUCUCGCCAUCAGACAUGAUGCCAGUCCUGUCGUCCAACGCGCGGUGCCGGAGGAAAAUGACAGAUCUCGUCAUAGAGCUGGUGGACGGGGGACUUUUGUGAUUUUAAUGAACUUUUCUAUGAAUGUAAUAUUUUGUUAAUAUUGAAAACGUUAAAAUAAAACCUACAGCUACAAACGUAGCGUAAC